GGGGAGGAUCACACGCAGCCUCCACGUUACGCGCGAUCCGUGGCGCAAAUGAUGGAAGAGAAAAACGGAAUGAGCGCCAUCAGCUCUUCGCUCGCUGAUUCCACGGACACGAGAGCGAGCGAAUUCAUCGAAGCUGGCUUCAGCAACACGAAGCUGGCCCACGACCCUCUAACGUGCGUGUCCUCCUCCGCGCGUCACUUCGGAGCCGCCGGUGCCGGUGAUGGAGUGUUCUGUGACGCGCUCGGCGCACCGCUCGCUGCCAAACACUUCUACGACCGCGGCGGUGAAUACGUGAAGUGUGACAGCGUGCCGUGGGAAGACUUUGGAAAAGUUCCGAGGGCAGAGUUGAUCACAUCAGAAAGUUUAGUUCUCCCCUCCACCUGUAAGUUCAUCAAAGAUGAAAAGGACUCGUGCGUGAUUAUGGACGCGCCGUGUCCCACGUUUGAUCCGUCCGCGGACAUGUCGGCUGUGGACGCGGAUAGGAAGCAACACGUUGGAGAGUCCAGCAGCUUCGUUCCAGCGGCGGGGCUGGCGGGUUCCCAAAACUUCCUGAUGGAUCUGAACCAGUCUGAGCCGCUGAACCAAGUGAGGACCGAGUCCAGGUGCGCCGCUGUGUCCGCUCACCCUGCGCCGCGCUGGCAGCUCCACGCGUCUCCGCCAGAGUCCCAGUACUGGGGCCAGUCCACGGGGGCCCCUGAGAAUCCGUUCACACACACCGGCUACGAAGGGAUCCAAACCCCGGGUCUGUCUCAGAGGAAUCCCUCACCUUUCUCCACGUUCCCCGGAAUGCCUCCUCAGAGGCUGUGCGUGAUCUGUGGAGAUGAGGCGUCUGGGUGUCACUAUGGCGUCUUAACCUGUGGCAGCUGUAAAGUCUUUUUUAAAAGAGCAGUUGAAGGUCAUCAUAGCUAUCUCUGUGCUGGACGAAAUGACUGCAUUGUGGACAAAAUACGGAGGAAAAAUUGUCCUGCGUGUCGCCUAAGAAAGUGCUAUCAAGCCGGAAUGAUGCUUGGAGGCAGGAAGCUGAAACGUUUUGGAGCCUUGAAAGCUUUGGGCAUGUCCCCAUCACUAAUGUUCCAGUCCCAAUUGGCCAUGUCCAGUGACAACCAGUCUUUGACAUCUGUGUCGUGCAUACCAAGCAUCCGUGAAGUGCAGCUCAAUCAGCAUAUCAUCAAUGUCCUGGAAAACAUUGAACCAGAGAUAGUGUACGCUGGUUUGGAGAACACAAAGCCCGAUGUUCCCCAUCUUCUGCUCAGCAGUCUGAACAGACUUUGUGAGAAGCAGCUGCUGUGGAUUGUUAAAUGGUCCAAGUGCUUGCCAGGGUUUCGUAACCUGCACAUCAAUGAUCAGAUGACCCUCAUCCAGUACUCAUGGAUGAACUUGAUGGUGUUCUCCCUCGGGUGGCGCAGCUUUCAGAAUGUCACCAGUGAAUAUUUAUACUUCGCUCCAGAUCUGGUUCUUAACCAAGAGCAAAUGAGGAGAACUCCGAUUUACGACCUUUGCUUGGCAAUACAGUUUAUCCCUCAAGAAUUUGCAAAUCUUCAAGUUACCCGCGAGGAGUUUCUCUGCAUGAAAGCCAUCAUCUUACUCAACACAGUUCCUCUUGAAGGGCUCAAAAGUCAGCCGGCAUUUGAAGAAAUGAGACAGAACUACAUCCGGGAGCUGACCAGGGCCAUUCACAUGAAGGAGAAAGGCGUGGUGGCCAGCUCACAGCGCUUCUACCACCUCAGCAAGCUCAUGGACGCCAUGCACGAUAUAGUGAAGAAGGUCAACCUGUUCUGUCUGAGCACCUUCAUCCAGGCAGACGCCAUGAAAGUGGAGUUUCCAGAGAUGAUGUCAGAGGUCAUUGCCUCCCAGCUUCCCAAGGUCCUGGCAGGCAUGGUGAGGCCGCUAUUAUUCCACACCAAGUGAUGACGGCAGCUUGUCACAGCUCUGAGAGCACGUCUUGUGACACACUAUAACUUUUACUUAAAUACUCAGUCAUCUGUUUUUUAACAAAUUGCCUCAUAUGUUGUUUAUCCCUCGUAGCUUGCCAUAACUUCAGGAUGAAAAAUUCAGAAUGAUAGCUCAAUAAAGCUCCUUUAUGUGAAGCUCCUCUGUGUAGAAUCCCUGGUCAUGUCAGUGGCUGCCAUAGUGGCUACACAUCCUCAUUCUGAUUUUCAUGAAGAAAGGGGUGGUUUUUUUAGGGAUUUCACAAGUCUGAGAAAAUGGAAUAAAAGGGUAUUUUACAAAAAUUACAAAAUAAUG